AUGUACAAGGCCGUCACCCUGCCGACGCUACUUUGCGGAGCGGAGACUUGGACGGUGUACAAGAGGCAGGCACGCCGACUGACUCACUUCCACCUCAGCUGUCUUCGUCGCAUCCUGAGGCAAAACUGGCAGGAUCGUAUCCCCGAUACUGAUGUGCUAGAACGUACGGGAAUGCUCAGCAUACACGCCAUACUGAGACAAAUGCAGUUGCGCUGGAGCGGCCACCUGGUGCGCACGGACGACGAGCGACUACCCAAACGACUCUUCUACGGAGACGUCGCGACGGGUUCUCGCCGUCAAAGAGGCCAGAUUCGCCGUUACAAGGAUACCCUGAAGUCCUCCCUGAGGCGCCUGCAAAUCAACCCGACCAACUGGGAAGAGCUCGCACUCGAUCGACCGACCUGGAGGAGGACAGUGAAGACAGGCGCUGCGAUCUACGAAGACAAUCGCAUAGCCGCCGCCAAAGCGAAACGCGAAGCCCGCAAAUCACAACUUCGCCCAGUCCGCAACGCCGCCGCACAACCGCUUCCAACGUGUCCUCGAUGUCAACGGACAUUCCGGGCUCGAAUCGGACUUGUUGGACAUCUUCGGACCAACUGCGCCUCUCGAACUGAACCAACCAUCGUCCCCCAGCCCGUCUCUUCCUCCCCGCCGCCGCCAAGUAACUCUGUCAAUUCUUCUGAACCACCACUUCCAUCCUCCUCCUCCUCCUCCUCCUCCACUGCUCCAACGACGGCCGCUCAGGCGACUGUCACACACGCAACGAGUGACACUACCACCACCUCCCUCGACUCCAGUGAUGAGGAUCAGGACUGCACCUGCCCUCACUGCGACCGCACCUUCACCUCUCGCAUCGGCCUGGUCGGUAACUUGCGAAUCCAUCGCACAGAGAUUGGCGAACCAGUGUCUGGAGCAUCAACCAACACCCAUCGCACUCGCCUCUAUUGCCCACACUGCCCUCGCACCUUCAGGCAUCGCAUGGGCCUAUUCGGCCACAUGAGCAUCCACGAGAGCGGACCUGACCGCAACUCCGACACACCCACGACAUCCAGCACAUCCACCACGCCCAGUCCCACCCUCGCUCCAUCACCAUGCGCGCCCAUCAUCACCACCACCACCUACACCAUCACCGCUUCCUCCGUAGCUGACACUGAGGCCGCCGACUUUACCUUCCCACACUGUUCACGCACAUUCACCUCUCGCAUCGGCCUGGUCGGUCACUUGCGGAUCCAUAGCACAGAGACUGGCGAACCAGUGCCUGGAGCACCAACCUAUACCCAGAAAGCUCGACUCAACUGCCCACACUGUCCUCGCACUUUCAGGCACCGCAUGGGUCUAUUCGGUCACACGCGCAUCCGCGAGGACAUGCGGUAG